AUGUUUCACUUUCAUUUAAGUUUUCACAAAGAGAUGUAAGAAAUUUUUUAUAAUAACCUUCUUUUAAUUUUAUCAGAAUUUCUUUAAUUAACUCUAAAUUUGACUUAUUAUAUAAUUGCUCCUAUCAAUAGUAUUAAUUAGCAGGAUGUAAAAGAAAGAAAAUCACCAAUUUGGUGUGCUGGUGGAUUUAGCGAGGAUGUUAUUAGCACAAUAUUGAAUAAUGCUCUCAUUCCUAUUAUAUUGAGUAUAAUAGACUAUAAAUAUGCUUGGCAAUUAAUCCAAAUUACAUAUUACAAAUAUUUAAAUACAAAUUCAAAUUUAACAUAAUUUUAAGCUAACUAAAAAGUUUAAAAAAAAAUGAAUUUCAAUGUAAAAAACACUUAGACAAAUAUUUUAAUUCAUUUAUGCUUCUAUUAUGGGUAUAUAUUUCCCAUAUGUUAUCCUAUUACUCUCAUAGAAUUAAUGAUUAUCUACUGGAUCGAUAAGUAUUAGCUUAUAAAUUAUGGAGUUAGAAAAGAUUUAAAAUUAGAAUUUCGCAUGUUUAAACUUUAUAUAUAUUUUUCUAUUAUGCUUUAAAUAUGUUCAAGUCAAAUUAUUCAUGCUGUAUUGAAAGUUUCUAUUUAUACUCGAUACUAAUUAUAUACUUCAAUUUUUCUUUCGUUUCUGUUGAUAGCAUUAUUUUUAUUGACAAGUUGGUUUUUUAAAAAGGAGGCAAAAUAAGAUUCAACGAAUGGAACCUUAAUGAGGAGCCUUGAGCAUAACAGCUCAUACUCAAAAUAUAAUCCACUCAUAGAUGAAACGCUUUGGCUUAACGAAGAUUAGGAAGUAGACGAAUAAUAAUUAAUUGAGGGAUUGCACUUGCAUAAAUUUUCAAGGUAAGCAAAAUUUUACGAUGCUCUCAAGGUGAAAUUGUUGAGAGAACUUGAAAAGGAAUUUUAAUAAAAAUCCGUUUCAACUGCCAGAAUUUAGCCUUUGCAAGUAGAAACAAUCUGAGUUGAAGGUUUUUCCAUUCAUUAUAUACAUUUAUAAUAUUGAUAUACAAUA